UCUGGAGAAACUUGUUCAGUGUGCGUACUCAAAGAUGCACCUACUCAGUGCGGGGCUUUUGUUCAUGCAGCUCUGCACCCUGUAUUUGAGCACAUGGCAGACCUUCGACACCAUUUGAAAAUUCAAGCUGACGGACUUCAGGCGAUACUUAGUCGGAACCAAAUUCAGGAGUCUGCGAUCGACAAGCUGCAGGCUGAUCUGAAUUCCAAGGAUGUUCGACUGCAGAGGAUGGAAGAAUCCUUACAGAAGCUAAUCCGACAGGACUCCGAGGAGAAGCAAAUUGCCCUAGAAAGUAAAAUUCAGAUCAGUUUGGAAGAGCAAUUAGCAGAGAUAUUGCACGCACUUAGAUUAAGUAUGAACUUUAAGAAAAUCCAAUCUAGAUAUUUCUAUUUUAACCACGAUAUUGAGAAAUCCUGGAGGGAUGCCGAAUACUUCUGUGUAGAAAAGGGCGGACAUCUGGCGACCUUUAAAAACAAUGAAGAGUUAAUGGCCAUUAGCGCUAAAGUCGAUCCCGAUGUCCGAUAUUGGCUGGGAGCCAACGACAGGGCCAGAAAGGGGAAUUUCGUAUAUCUGGACACUGGCAGGAAAGUUUCCUAUUUGAAGUGGUCUCCGGGUGAACCCGAUUAUUGGAAUAAUGAUAUGCACUGCGUCGUCUUUUAUAAGGGGGCCAUGAGGGUGCAUGAAUGUCAUAAUAAAAACCCUGUAAUUUGUCAAAUAGGCAACGAAAUUUAGUUUACAGAAUAAAAACA